AUGACGUCUGUACAAGGAAAUACAAAUCAUCUGAGGCAACUACAGAUUGAUGCUGCAAGAAAAAAGACGAUAAAGAAGUACUUGUUGAAGAAAGUAAAGGUUGAUAGAGAUAAUGAUGCAAUAGAGACUGCAAAGAAGACUGAACUACUGCGGCAACAAGAACAAUUGAAUGCUGCCGCCGCUGCUGCAGCUACAAAGAAUGGUGGUGACGAGAGCAAUGUAGUUGAUAUCGUAUCUAAUGGUGCACCUGCUGCUGCUGCCGCCGCGGCAGCCACGAGCGACGAACAUAGUAUCGCAGAUGACAAGGCAGAGUUGGAGAGAAAGAAAGAGGAACUAAAGAAGAAGCUGGAGCCUCUCGAGAAGAAACUGGUCGAGUUAAACACGAACAAGGAGUCACUGUUUCUGUUGCUCAAGGUGAUAUUGAGCGAGGAGGAUAGGAAGAAGAAACAACAGGAGGAUCUGCAAAAGAUGCAGAGGCAGCAGUUGCAACAACAACAGGCAAUGUUGCAACAGCAACAACAACUUCAUCAACAACAACUUCAACAACAACAACAGCAACAACAUCCACAACAUCAACAACAUCCACAUUAUCCUCAACCACAUCCAUACGCACCACAACAACAACAGCAAGGUGGCAAUCACUUCCUACAUAUGUCAUCACCAAAUCUUGGAUCAUCACUCAAUAGUAUGGGUGGCUCAUUCAACCAUCAGGGCAGCGCAAGCGGAGAAUAUCCUUACGCCAAUCGUGACCGUGAGCGUGAGCGCGACCGCGAUCGCGACCGUGACUCAAUGUCGCAUCAAUCACCAUACUCAUCUGCCAAGAUGCCACAGCCCUUUGAAUCACCUCUGACCCCGGUGGAUGGCUACCAAUCAAUGUCCAGCCACUUCUCUCCGUCCUCACCGUCACCUUCAUCAGCGUCACACGAUCAUUACAAGCAACCGCCACCUCCACUGCCGCAUCAUGGUGGCGGCUAUGGACGAUACAACGACUCAAAGGACAACAGAAUGAGUCCUUACUCGCGACCAAUGGACAAGAGUCCCUAUGGCUAUGGACGCGAUCGCCCGCUUGGCCCACCACCAGGGCCAGGCGGCCCCGAUCCCAGAGAUCGCGACAGAGACAGAAGCAUGCCACCCGAUUAUGAUCACUUUGACGACAGGGCGCCACCAUAUUUCAACAGAGGAUACGGCGGCAACUAUCAACGAGGUGGAGGUCCAAUGGGUCGAGGUGGGCGCAUGGACAAUCAUCGAGGUGGCUAUUGGAAGUAA